CGCUCUAGAGAUAAGAUUGUAGCAGCAACGAUAUAAAAGAAGAAACAACUGCGAAGUGGGUGGGAGGCGUUUCAUUGCCUGAAAAUUCGAAAUGGCUUCUCUAACAACCUCUCUCUCAUGGAGAUCUUCCGUGGGUCUUCCAAAUUUCGGUGCAAACUUCGAAGAAACCGCCAACUUCUCUUAUGGAAGAACCGCCCUGGUGGUUGUCGCCCAAAAGAAAGCCACGAAGUCGCGAAAGAUUAUUCUGAAGGAGGAUGUGCCGGAGCUGGGGAAGAAAGGGCAACUUAUUGACGUGAAGGCUGGGUAUUAUAGAAACUAUCUGUUUCCUAUGGGGAAGGCACAGAUUGUCACUCCAGUUUUGCUCAAGGAAAUGCGGAUUGAAGAGGAACGAAUCGAAGCUGAGAAAAAACGAGUAAUGGAGGAGGCUCAGCAACUCGCUCUGAUUUUCGAAACUGUUGGAGCUUUCAAGGUGAAGCGAAAAGGUGGAAAAGGAAAACAGAUAUUUGGCACAGUCACGGCACAGGAUCUUGUUGAUAUCAUCAAGGCACAACUUCAGAGGGAUAUCGACAAGCGGAUCGUUGUUCUUCCAGAGAUCAGGGAAACAGGAGAAUAUGUUGCAGAGCUGAAGCUUCACCCUGAAGUUACUGCACGAGUUAGAGUGAAUGUAUUUGCCAACUGAAAUUAUUUCCAGAUUUUACAAGUUCAUUUAGCAGCCACAAUUUUUUGAAGGGUAAAUGAUCACAUUGUUUUGCAGUUCAUCAUUUCAAUCAUAUUCUCAUAAACUGUUCAAUUA